AUGGAGGUGAGGCUGUGGGGUGCAGGCAGGCGCUGUGCCGGGAGAGUGGAGGUGAAGCACGAGGGCCAGUGGGGCACGGUGUGCAGUUACGGCUGGGACAUCAAAGGUGCUACGGUAGUCUGCAGGCAGCUGGGCUGCGGAUCAGCACUCCGGGUCUUCUGGAACGCCGAUUUUGGGCGAGGAUCUGGCCCCAUUUGGCUGAGCGCUGUCAACUGUCAAGGCACCGAGACUGACCUCUCCGAGUGCAGUCAUGAGGAGUGGGGCAAGCACUACUGCGGUCACGGCUGGGACUCUGGAGUGGUUUGUUCAAAUUUUGUCCGACUGGAUGGGGAAAGCAGUUCCUGCUCAGGACGUGUGGAGAUCAGAGAUAAAAACGAGUGGAAAACAGUCUGUGACUCACACCUCAGUCUCGAAACCGCUGAAGUUAUCUGCAGGGAUCUGCACUGCGGCACAGUCCUGUCUGUCCACGGGGGAGCUCACUUUGGAGAGGGCAACGGCUCUGUCUGGGACGAAGAGCUGCAGUGUGCAGGGAACGAGCCUUUCCUCUCGUCCUGCCGCAGGAGGUCUGUCCGCAACCACACCUGCACCCACGCGAACGAUGCCGGUGUCACCUGCACACGGCCCUCAGGAUCUCUGCGCCUGGUGGACACCGACAGCCGGUGUGAGGGCCGAGUGGAGAUGCCCCUGAAUGGGACAUGGGUCCGAGUCCUGGAUGACCAGUGGGACAUGAACGACGCCAGCGUGGUGUGCCGGCAGCUCCAGUGCGGAGAGGCAGAGSAAGCCUACAACSYRCCARAGMCYGAGCGAGGGACRGGCCCCGUGGGGUUGAGMAGGGUCCAGUGUACAGGGAAGGAGACUCACCUGACCUUCUGCAACACCUCCCUGCCUGYGGCAGUGCCURCAGGAAUCGCUGAGGACGUGGGGGUGGUUUGCUCGSGUAGUCGGCAGCUCCGCCUGGUGCACAGGRCAGGUCGCUGUGCUGGGAGAGUGGAGAUCUACUACAACGGCACCUGGGGGACCGUCUGUGACGACUCCUGGGACCUGCUGGACGCCACCGUUGUUUGCCGCCAGCUGGGCUGCGGGGUGGCUGUGAAUUUCACAGGCUCUGCUCAUUACGGAGAAGGCUCUGGGCAGAUCUGGCUGGACGACGUGAACUGCUCCGGGGAUGAAGCUGCUCUCUGGGACUGCCCGGCCRGGCCCUGGGGGCAGCACAACUGCAGGCAUGGAAAGGACGCAGGAGUCGUCUGCUCAGACUUCGUGUCCCUACGGCUGGAGAACAGCAGCRGCUGCUCCGGGCGCCUGCAGGUUUUCUACAACGGGACAUGGGGGAGUGUUUGCUCCAACUCGAUGACUAUAAACACCGCAUCCCUAGUGUGCAGACAGCUGGGCUGCGGAGAAGGAGGGUCCAUAGAAACAGUCCAGCAAGAGGGYAAUAUAUCUGGCCCCGCAUGGCUGGAUUAUGUUGAGUGUGGGAGGAAGAACAGCUCCUUUUGGCAGUGCCCCUCUUCUCCCUGGAAUCCACAGUCAUGUAGCAAACAAAGAGAAGAGACCAACAUCACCUGCAAUGAUUGUCCGUUGGGCUACAAGAAUGUCAGCAGGGGAGUCUCAGUGCCUGUUGUCAUCUGCAUCAUCCUCGCGGUCACACUGUGCCUGGUCCUGGCCCUCCUGGCAGGGCAAGUGCGAAGUGCCCGGGCUCAGCGCAGAGCCUCUAGGGUGUCUGUGGAGCCCUUCUCUGAGGCCGUGUACCAGGAGAUCGACUACAGCCAGGCGUGGGAGAAGCAGGCGAGGUUCRGUCCUCCAGGCUCUUCCCAGGGGUCCCUGACCAAGAUGCAGUGUGGCCUCAGUGGCAGCAAAGAGAAGGAGGAAAUUCCUGGAUCAUCCCAAGGUGACCCAGCARAUGACUACGACGAUGCCAGAGAUGUGUCUGAGCCUGGGAAGGAUCUUGUUCCUGGGCCGCAAAACUGUGAAGUGCCCAAGGAAGCGGAGGAGGGUGACGGCCUCAGGGAAGCACAAAGAGACAUGGAGUAUGACGAUGCUGAAGAGGCAUCUCCGGAGCAUCCCCAUGAGGACAAGAAGGCUGUGAGACCACAGCUUGGUGGAAACAGCUCCUGA